CUUGUCAUUUCAUUUCUUCACGUAACAGUGCAGUUGCUCUCAGCUCUCUAGCGAUUCGAGGUUAGCCUGCUGCUACUGCUAGUGUUCGAGUUCGCUCAUGCAGGACCGCAAAGCUACUGCAUGCUGUUAUUGGUGACUACGAUAGUGCGGGUCCAGCGGUCUGCGCCAUAGCACACAUAGGCAACAUUGGCCGUACCAGUGAACCAAAUCUUCUUUGAACUGGAUUUUCGUUCAUUUUCACCACAUAGGGAAAGCAUUGUUCUUGUGUCGGAGUGGUGACGACGGAACAAGGGAAUGGAUGACUCCGAGGUGGGAGGUGACGACGCACAGUUCCAGACUCGGCGCAUAGAUAACGAACAUUACGACGAGGAACUGCUCGUUGUGGAUGGUGAGAACGUACCAAGUCGUGCUAGCUACAUGGACCAAGAAUCAGAUCGUGGUAACAACGAACAAGAUCGGCAAAGAAGAGUGGGGGAGAGUGAACGACCAUACGGAAUGAACUUAGCCCCACCUCAGCAAUUAGUCAUGCCCACCCCGCCACAGUCUGACGAUGCCAGAGGACUAAAUGAUGACGACAGAGGUGAUGAUGGCGUUGAAGAUGAUGAUGGUCACAGAGCAGCAGCGGCGGCGGCAGCAGCGGCAGUAGCUAAUCGAGAGCGCUUGCAAGGUCAUGCCGAAGUCUCACCUCUGCAGCACGAGAGAGAUGGACAAGCCGGUCGGAACAGUGAGGAUCCUGGUGACUCUGAGGAGCUAGAGGAUGGCAGCGAGGAUGAACAGGGCGACAAUGUGCCAAUGUACGAUGCUGCUGAGUAUAACAACCUACCUGUAGGGGAGGAGGUGAAGGAGCUCUUCAAGCACAUCACACAAUUUUCACCAACCAAUGUCAACUUGCAGACAAAGCUGCGGCCUUUCGUUCCAGAAUACCUUCCGGCUGUCGGAGACAUAGACGGGUUUGUUAAGGUUGAGAGACCGGACGGGAAGCCGGAAAUGCUCGGCCUGACAGUUUUAGACGAGCCGUGUGCAAAGCAGUCUGAUCCAACAGUCAUGGACCUCCAGCUACGCAGAAUGACAAAGGAGAAGCAAGCAAAGCACGUGACCGUACACAGUAUACCGGAGGGCAGCAAGAACACCAAGGCAAUUGACAACUGGAUAGAGAACAUCACUGAUCUUCAUCGUCACAAACCACCUCCUACAGUCAACUACACCGGACCCAUGCCAGAUAUUGAGUCGCUCAUGAAGGAAUGGCCAGCAGAGUAUGAGAAAUCACUCAAGGAUCUGCCACUACCAUCUGCUGACCUGGAUUGUGACCUCGCUGCAUAUGUAGACAUUGCUUGCGGCUUGUUGGACAUACCGGUACAUAAGAGUCGCAUAGAAGCACUUCACGUGAUGUUCAGUCUGUACGCGGAGUUCAAGAGCUCGCAGAUUGCGCUCGGUAAGCUACCUCGGCGCGGCAGCAUCCUACGACAAGCGGCGCCUGGCAAGGAGUCGGGAGAUCGUGCCGGUCGUAGCGUUAAGGAGGUCCAGGCAUGGCUGAAGGGUCCCAAGAAAGUGUCAUUUGCAGAAAGUGAAGCACUUCCAGAGCAAUCCGAGCCAAGCCCAGAGCAACCCGGGUCAGCUACAGAGCAACCCAAGCCAAGCUCAGAGCAACCCGAGUCAACCACAGACGGGGACAACAGCCGAUGAUGGCGGACAAGCUGGGAGCUGAUUGACGAUCGGAUGAAACACGAUUGCUGUAGAUGAUACGAAGCCUUCUUUCAAACGAAUACUCUACUUUUAUGCAGGUUGUGCCGCUUGGCCGACUCACCUCGGGGAACUCUCACCCAACAAGACAGUGCUCUAUAAAGCCAUACAACCCAUUCCUUCUCUCAAGUGUUGUUAUACCGUCCUCAUCCUAGUGCGUUAGCUGUAUUCAGGAAAACAGGUAGCGUCAGAAAACCGUGAUCUCUUCCAAUACUGCGAGGGGCUUUGGGCUCAGCCUCAACUCUUUCCUUCAACGCUCCAUCAAGUGACUAUACCGACGCAGGAUGCUUCUUGCAGCAUCUUUAGCAGAAUAAAGAAUAAGGAAUGUUGCCGUGCCUCCUUUGCAGCAGCACAACAUGUCAUUGAUAGUGCGCGCAGUUCGCCCGAAUCAAGUUUUGUAUUUGUGCACUGGCCAUGUAUUAUCAGUGGUCACCUGACCACUUGCCGGCUCACCACUCGGCUAUGUCACCUAUCAUCAGCAUGAGCUAACCAGUACCUUUGCACGCACACGUCUUCCGUAUGGAUGGGGAUGUCGACAUUAUGAAGUUUUCCGGUUUUCGACGCAGUUACGUCGAUGUCUUCAUAUGCAGUGCGUAAAGUUUUGCGUGCACACAGUCAGACUAUCAAACCAUGACUGUAUACCUAUCAAGGCAUUCACUUUUUUUGUUUGUAAAUUUCAUAGUAAAAUGUCACAACGUAACAGUCAGUUGAAGUACUGUA